AUGAGUCAACACCCUGUGAAUCAAGGAACCACCAACAUAUUCUACAAGACCCGGAUUUGUCACAAGUUUCUAGAAGGAAACUGUGGAAAUGGUGACAAUUGUACUUUUGCUCAUGGCCCUACAGAUUUACGUGAACCCCCACCAAAUUGGCUAGAACUAGUGAAGGAUAAAGGAGGACGAGAUUUGAAUGAUGAGCAAAGAAUCAUAUACGAGAUGAAGAUAUGUCACAAGUUUGCUAAAACGGGUGAAUGCUCUUAUGGAGAAAAAUGUAAUUUUCUCCAUGAAAGUCCCGCAAAAUUCAAGGAUCAAAUUACAGAAAGAACAACCGGGGAUGCUGUGAUCAAGAUUCAGACAAUGGUUGAAUGUGGUCAACCCAAUCGCAGUCAUAUUGUCAAAGUUAUUACUACUAGCAGUGAUCCUAAUGCUAAGUUUUUGAAAAAUCGAAUUUGUAGCAAAUGGGAAAUAACAGGGAAAUGUGCACUUGGAGAUAAAUGUCACUUUGCUCAUGGGAUUAAAGAAUUAAAUAAACCAGUUGCACCCAUGGAGGUUCAUGGUUCCACUGUCACCGGUUCGCUUCGCUUACCGGUGACUGAACUGCCACCUAGUAAUUCGGCCACAGCUGUUCCUUUAAAACAAGGUGAAGGAAGGGGAUUUGCAAAGUUGAGAUUAUCAAAUAAGAAGAUCAACGUAUUUUGCCGAUUUGGCAACAUUUUUUUAUCACAAACUUUAUACAAAUGCAACACUUAUGUUAUCACUAUCUUCUUGUUGGGUGGGAAAAAAUACAAUUUGGGAUUUGAUUUGAUCAUCAUUAAAACAAUGAGAGAUUCAAUAAAUGCACCAACAAUGAUACCUUUCUUUAAGAUAUAA